CGAAACUGAAAAACAUAUUUCUGCUGACCCGAGCUUGUUCCGGAUAAACGGAAAGAGUAGUGGUUGUAGCAGUGCAGUGUAUUUACAUAUGAGAAUCGGUGAUGCUUACAACGUCUGAACACUCAAGGAGAUCUUUCCCUUUAAAUUACAGACCUGUUAGCGUCAGGGAAACAACAACAGAAUGUGUGUGUGAAAAGAAAAUUAGUAGGAUAGCAUCGUCUGACGGCAGGAUGAGAACACCAUCGAAAGCUAAAUAUAGAUCUGUGAAGGUUGGUUUGAAAGAUGUGAUUCUGUUUUGUAUAUUGGGUAGUGUGGCAGUGAACUGAAGUGUUAAUUGAUGUUUAAGCGAACUAGUUUUUCAAGUCAUAACUCCAACUUUUUAAUUUCUGAGCUUGAUUACAUGCACCCACUCUGCAUUGCUAAUCAUUUGGUGUCCUGUCCGAUCGUAUUUUUUUUCCUUUUCUUUUUUUUAUGGAUAAAUUUAAAUAUACCGGAUCUCCUGUUCCAAAAUGUGACUGAGGGGAUUGUUAACUGUUUCCUAGCAGUUUCAUACUACCUUAAAUGCAAAAAAUAUAUUGCGCAAUUGACGGCCAUCGUGCAGACAGAUUAUAUGAAUUCCUUUUUAUAAUCUUCAACCGGAAGCUUCCUUUUCACGAAGUAUAACAAGUUCAGUGGUAUAACAGGCUUCUUAACGUUGGAAAAGAUACAAGUUAACACCCAAUUUAAAUCCAAAGAUUUAUUCAACAAUAGCUAUGCUAUCACACCUUAGAAUAUUAGGAUAUGAGAAACUAAACCACUUACUGGAUAUAGGAUUCGGUCGAAAGUGCUACUUCAGCUUACGAGCAACUAGGAGCUGAUGAUAAUGAACCACUGUCUUAGAAAGAUUUAGAAAUAGUCAUUUUUUUCAAUUUUACAUUGACAGUGAAGUUCUUAAUGUACCCAAUUCUGAAAACCUGUUAAACAGAUGGUAAAAAUGUCAACCUUUGAGCUUCGUCAGGUUUAUCGAUGGAGCUAUCGUAAUGAGAUUUUGUCGCUUUUGUCGUCAAUACGGGAGUUGCAGAGAAAAUUACGUUUCCAUAAAACGGCAGAACAUUUUCGGAAGGAAAAAAUCGCGAGUUCUACCUGGCCUAGAUAAUCAAUUUUAAUCGUUGAAGGUAAGGGUUGUAUUCACGCGUAGGUAAACGAAAGUGCAAAGUCACCUUCCGUAGCACACGUUGCGUUACAAAACAAAAGCCUUUAGAAAGAUGGUUCAGGGGGAAAGCGUACUCCGACAUCCGUCAGAAGGAGGUCAUCUCGGGUAGAUUUCCGAUUAUGAAAUCCGAGCUCGCCCGAUGUUGUCUUCGUGAUGAAGGCCCUAUUUAGCAUAUUAGACCCGCAAAACAGAGUAGAAACGAACACGUGCUUCGUUUUCGCUCAUGACUUCGUAUUAGCCGUAAGAUAUUUGCUUUUUUUUUUCGUUGCUUACCUAUAUUACAGACUCCACAAAAUUUCUGCGUUGCCUCCUUUUCACGGAUGGCCGAUUACAACUACAACAUAGUAACACCUCCACGAAAUCUGUCAAAACUGAAAAAAAACUGAUUCUCAGAACUUCCCGUUAAUUGUUUAUUAAGAUAAUCGUCGAAGUGAAAUAUAUCUAUGUAGAAGUCAGCUAAAAGAAUUUUUAAAAUGUAUUCAUGAGAAACUCUUUCUUGUAGAUCUUUCCCUAAGUACGCUCUUGCGUUUAGAAUUGAAAAUCCUCAUCUAAAUAUUGUAAAAAAUAUUAUCGUAGAAUAUUUUCAAUGGUGAUCAUGGCACAACGCAGAUAGAGAAAAUGUAAUAGGUGAGACAAGUCACGGAUUAUCCUUGUCGACAAAAGUAAUAUCGCCUGCUACAGUACAUUCAAACUUAAUCUCCGUCCAAUCGAGGUAAUGUACAAUUUUUUAAUCAAUUACCAUAUUAGAAAUAACUAUAUAUAUCGCUUAAACUCUGAACGUAACCGCGUUAAAUUUAUUUCAUCAGAAAUCCAGAGGUUUCCGGUGUUUUAAAAUCCUCCUUUUGACAGAUUUCGUGAAGAUGUCAUUACGUUGUAGUUGUGAUCGGCCAUCCGUGAAAAUGAGGUGUCAAAUGUAUUUUGUGGAAUCUGUCAUAUAGGUUAGCAACGGAAAAAAAUGCAAAUAUCUUAACGCUAAUACAAAGUCAUGAGCGAAAACGAAGUAAGUGUUCCUUUCUACUCAAUUGUGCGGCUCUAAAAUGCGAAAUAGGGCCUUCAUGACAACAUCGGGCGAGCUCGGAUUUCGUCAUCAGAAAUCUACCCGAGAUGACCUCUGGUGUUUUAACAUCCUCCUUUUGACAGAUUUCGUGGAGGUGUCACUAUGUUGUAGUUGUAAUCGGCCAUCCGUGAAAAGGAGGCACCGCAAAAAUUUUUGGGAGUCUGUAAUAUAGGUAAGCAACGGAAAAAGAUGCAAAUAUCUUGACGCUAAUACGAAGUCAUGAGCGAAAACGAAGCACGUGUUCGUUUCUACUCUGUUUUGCGGGUCUAAUAUGCUAAAUAGGGCCUUCAUCACGAAGACAACAUCGGGCGAGCUCGGAUUUCGUAAUCGGAAAUCUACCCGAGAUGACCUCCUUCUGACGGAUGUCGGAGUACUCUUUCCGGUUCAGGGACCAAUCAAAAGAACUUGGAAAAGCUUGUUGCAUGUCGUUAAUUGACCUUCGCUCAAAGCAAACCUUCCACGAAAUAGUUGCGCUUUAAAAAUCAUUUUCGAAAGUAAAGGAAAAUAUCGUGACGUUGUCGGGGCAGGCUUUUACAUGUCUUCAAAUUUUAAAAAUCAAAACACUUCACACAUUCCUUCACUUCACUCAUGGUUGAAGUCACGUGCAGGUAAAACGUGAGUGAAGAUUGCGUUAUUCAUUGCAUUACAAAAAACUUUCAACUGACCAAUCACAGGAAAGUGUGAGGCGUGACGUAUGAAAUGACCUUCGUUCGCAGCAGGUUGAAUCACAUGACAAGUCAUGUGCUUAUCUUGUGUACUACUCUUGCGUCAGGCGAUCCUUCCUGAUUGUGCCGGCUACAAAAGCAACGCUCUUUGUUUUUGGAUGUUUUGUAGAUUAUAGAAUGCACUUUGAUUUGUCCAUCACUCCAUAGUAACGAAAGAAAAUGACUAUAUCUAAAAAGGACCGUGAAGUAAGUUGUGUUUCGGAAACGUCUCAUUUUGUGCUUACAGUAUGACGGUCGAAGAGCAAGUUCCCUUUUUGGCGCGUAUAUGUUCACACUAACGAGCCGUUAAUUUUUAGAUCGUCGUUUCGAUACCCACAUCUUCCUUUACCUUUAUCUAGAAAAUGUUUUGUUAUCGUAUAUUUUUUAAUUGAUUUUUACUCGAAAUGAUUUUAACGUUGCGACCUGUAAUGUAACUGAAGCAGUGUCCUCUGAGUAAACUGAUAAAUUUUGGUGUUGAUUUGUUUGUUCUUCAGACCGUGAAGGUUCUCGUGAGCAACCCAAAACUUCAUAGCUGCUCCCGCAGCAAGUUUGUUGACUAUGAGAUUAACAUAGAGGUAGGUUUUAUUUGGUUAACAGGUUAACGAUAUUAUUACUUUCGUUCUAGCCUUAUCAGAUGUAUCGUAUUUCUAGCACAAGCGGCUGACAUUGUUGACAUGGCUUCUUGUUUUUGUUUUAGACUAACAACAAGGCCUUCUUCAGCAAACGCUCUAGUGUUAGAAGAAGAUAUUCUGAUUUUUGCUGGCUUAGAGCAAAGCUUUCCAGCACAGAUAUCAGCGGAUUAGGAGGGUACGUUUUGUAGAUCUCGUGAUGAUUGAAUAUGAGUUUUUACUACUUUUGGUGUGCCAUCUUGCUCAGUCUUCUUAUUAAUUUUCUUUUCUCCAUCUUUGUAACCAGCAAGAAACGAUUUUUGUAAAUAUAUGUUGUCUGUUGCCGUUGCGUUUUUCUAAGCGUUUUUCUUUCAUUUACCCCCUGAUCUUUACCAGUUUCUUUCAGUGCUUUUCUCUUCUUUCUCUAAUAUAUAGUCUUCUCUCAUUAGGGAAACAAGUAUUCCAACCCUACCUCCAAAGAGUUAUUUUAGCAGAUUUGAUAAAGGAGUGAUUGAUUCUAGGCGGGAAGGAUUUCAACAUUUCUUAAGCGAGUGAGUAUUUAUUGUUUUGUGCGUGGAAAUCAUGCUGUGAUUCUAUGUUCUCACUUGUCUUAAAGGAAUGAAUAAGUCUGAGUAAGAUAUUCUAGAGCUAAAAGAAAGAAAAUGGGCAAUCUGAGCAAUGAUCCUGGCAGAUGUCCUGCAAUUUAGCAAUUACAGACAAGAAGUCUGAAAAAUUUUAGGCUUUGAUGAGAUUCAAACCCAUGUAUCCUUGGUAAUAGUUGGAGUGUAAUACAAAUUGAGCUACCAAGCAACAUGUUGGAAGCAAGACAAUUUGGAGAGGGUUCAUCUUUUAAAAUGGCAAACUUUGGAGGUUGCUUAGUACCUAAUAGCCCAAACUGUUUGUCAUCUUCUUGAAAAUAUGCAAAAUUUUGGGUAGAAUACAUGCAGGACAUGUUAAGAGCAAACAAAUUUAAGAUAGUUCAUCUUAUAAAAUGGCAAUCUUUGGAGGUUGCUUAGUACCUAAUAACCCAAACUAUUUUUCAUCUUGAAAAUAUGCAAAAUUUAGAGUAGAAUAUGUGCAUGUUUUCUCCUUUGUGUGUUCAAUUCUGAAACCAAUAUCUCUGGCAUGGAAUUAACUUAAAUUUGUACAGCAGAACAAAAGCUUUUAAUUUCAAGAAUGAGGCAUUAUUUUAAGACCAUGAUUAAGAUAGUUAGUCAACUUACAGGGGUUAAAAUGAUGAUACUGCUGUUAUUAAACUUCAAGAGAGUUACAUCACAUCUCACUAUGGGAUUAACAUCACACUACAUCAUGAUGCAAUUAACAUGUGCUUAACACCUAGUUAUGACAUAAUUGUGUAAUAUUAUAAGACUUGUCACAAAUUGCAUAAGAAUGUGAAAUUGACUCAACUAUUUGACUAGAGCAGGAUGUGAAAGUUUUGUUGAUAAAUGGUUAACCUCUUUGAAAUGUUUUGUUUUUCAGAAUCGUCAAGGUAAAUAAUUAUCUAUCAUUUGCUGGUCUUCACCUAUUCCUACAAACACAGCUCCCAAUACAAGAAAUUGAAGGCUUUCUAGAAGGAAAAUAUGGAGAGAAUGCCUCUGUUGAAGACUUAAUACACCCUACAACUCUUUCCAAUUUAAAUGAAGACAAAAAAACUUUAUAUGAAUGCUCAAAUGAAGACUGUACUUUGUUGACUUCCUCCAACUGGGACAUUCCUUCUACAGACAAUGCUUCAACUCAUUGUGGGUCAUAUGAAGUCAACUCUGACAGACUUCUCUCUGAUAGCUUUAGCACUUCUUCAGGGUAUCUGUCAAGCUCUGCAGAAAACAGCUCUUUCAUGUACACAAUGUACAGAUGA